GCACAGUCACUUUUAUUCUCUGUCUGAUUGUUCAUCUUUCCGAUAGUUUUUUGUUUCCUCUGACUUUCUUUUCAAUCUUUUGCGCAUUUGGUAGAAAUGGCCCCCCUCAAGUUCGACAAAUUGCUCUGCGGUCCCAGCUUGGACCUCUUCACCAAGGACUUUCCUCACGGCAACGUUUGGGAAGUUGAGCAUGUAGCCAAGGGACCAAAGUUGGAACUAAACAACAGCGUUUUGCUCUCCAAGGCUGAGAAACUCUCCGGCGUUGCCACUGUCAAGCACAACGUCUUUAACUUUGACACUGAACUCAAGCUCAACUCUGCUGGCGUUCACUCUUUUGACGUUUUCGGACACUCCCCCUUCUGCCCCAAGCUCAAGGUCGGUUCAAGGUACACACACGAUGGCGCCAAGAACAAGCACUCUUUGCUCGUCACAUCUGAGCACGUUAGCGAUCUUGUGAGCUCUCGCGCCGAGGUUUCUCCUCUUGCUCUCUCUUACAACGUAUUCUCCCUCUUCCACUUUGGCCCAGCCAAGAACUGCACUGUUGGCGCAGAGGUUGUUGGAAAGAAGCUCGAGAAGAUCAACUUUACUCUCGGUACCUCCUACAAGCGCGUUUUGGAGGGCAACACCUUCCUCUUUGCUCUCAGACUUGCUGGUUCCUGCGACCAGCUUGUUGAGAAGGUUCUUGGUAACGCUCACGUAACCAAUGAGGGAUUGAAGGCACCCACUUCACUUUCUGUUGCCUUUGAUCAUAGUGUCAAGGAGGGCACCACUGCCUUGAGCUUUGGUGGUUUGUGGCAUUUGACCCCCCUUGACCAUCCACUCGGCUCCUUCCUCAAGGCCAAGUGCGACAAUAACGCCAGGGUAUCUGUGGCUUAUGGCCAAAAACUCAAUGGCACCGUUGGUCUCGUUUUCGGUGUAGACUUUGACGCCAAGAAGCUUGCUUCUGAGCCAGAUCUCAAGUACGGUCUCAAGCUUAAUCUCACUAGCUAAGUUUGCGAUUCACUAAGUUUUGGUU